GGCACAUUGUGAAAGUUCUGAUUAUUCUUGAUACGACUUUCUUUCUGGUCUCUUCCGGACUUAAACAUGGGAGCUUCUCAGUCUGGACGAGAGCAUAAGUUCCAAGAUCUGGCUGAUAAAACUGGCUUUUCCAUAGAGCAGAUCAAAAACCUCCAUAGCAGAUUUAAGUACCUGACUCAAGAUGAAGACACAUUAAGACGUGAACACCUUGAGAAUGUUAGCAAUUUGUCCAUCAAUCCAAUUCGAAGACAGAUCAUUGAGGCCUUCUUUGAUGAAAGGAAUUUGGGUGGAAAUGAGAAGGGCUGUCUGCAGGAGAUUGGGUUUGAGGAAUUCGUUACUGUCCUGGCCUUCUUCAGACCGCCCAAACCACGCAUUCCUGACGAGGAUGUGAAAAUCAUCAGGAAGGAGAAACUACGCUUUCUAUUCAACAUGCAUGACACUGACAAUGAUGGCGUCAUCACACUGGAAGAAUACAGACGUGUGGUGGAGGAGCUGCUGUCCAGCUAUGAAACCAUAGGAGCAGAAACCGCUAAAGCUAUUUCAGAUGGCGCAAUGCUGGAGGUGGCCAGUGUCACAGUGGGUCAGAUGGCCCCUGAUGAAUUUUAUGAGGGAAUCACCUUUGAACAGUUCAUGCAGAUAUUGCAGAAUUUAGAAAUCGAGACCAAGAUGAAUAUUCACUUUUGGAACUUGGACAAAACAACAAUGAAAUGUGGGAAAUGAGUGUCACUUCACCUUCACAGCAGCACUUUUAUUUUUAGCUCUAAACAUGUCCAUUUUUUUAUUGAGUUUAAGUUCUCUUAAAUAUCUUCAAUGCUCAAGAUAUGGACGUGACUACAAGAGAACAUGACUACAUUUCAGCAUCCAAACCAAACAUGCCAAGUAUUUAUAUAUGUUCGAAAGACAUUUAUGAGCCCCACGAGGCCUGGCUAUUUUUGUGGCUUCUCAGCAUAUGUUGACAUAUGCUCAACUCAAGGCAUUUAGAUUCAUACGUACUUUCAGAUGCAAUGCAUACUGGACUUUUAACAGGGGAAUUGAGCCGUGCGAUUGUAAAUUUCCCUUCUGAUCAAAGUGCUCAUUUCAUAAUGGCGGAGGUUUUUCACAAAAUCAACAUUUACCACUCCACACCCUAAGUUAAUGAAUACACAAAUCUUAUUCACUUUAAAAACAGCAGGGAGUGAUUGUUUUGUUGCCCUUGUGCGUUUGCCCUCUUAUUACAAUAAUAUUUAAUCCAUCUGGCUUCCUUCCACCAAAGUUAUAUAUUAAUAUUUAUUACAGGGUGUGUAUUGUUUUUACAGCGACAACAUUUACUGUAGGAUAGUAAAGUAUGAUAAUUUUGUAUAUUAUUGUCAGUUGAAACGCUCACCUUGACCGUUAACCCUUUCUUUAUAUUGAAGAGAAUAAAAUACUAAUAGUUUUAAAAUAAGCCUUUUUCAUAUUUGUGCAUUUUUGAAGAUGAAGUCAUGAAUCUAUGCAAGGUUAUAAAAUGCUUCCCAUACCAUAUUAAGUCAAAGGUUGUUGGUUCAGAUGAACUGGUAUUUUGGUGCAAAUUCAUCUUUUUUCUUUCUUGGUUGAUGCCAAAUUAGGUAAAUGCAAUGUAAUCAUGCUUGAAAAACAAAACUACACAUGAGGAAAGGAACAAGACCAGAUUAAAUAUAGAUUCACUUGCACAAAAACAUGGUAUGUGUCGACUACGAAAAGGUUUUUUUUUGUUUUUUUUUUUAGAAAUGACUUUUAUUCAGCAAGAAAGAAUUAAAUUGAUUAAAAAAAGUACUACUAACACUACUACUAAUUAUUAAUAUUAAUACUUUAUAGCUAUAUUGACCACAAAACUGUGCAAAAAAGCACAGCAAACCUGGAAUGUUUUUAAAUCACAUUUUAAAUAUAUUAAUAUCCAUUAUUAAUAUUAUAAAUUAAUAUUAUUAAUAUUAUCCAUUUAUAUCUACUAAAACUACAAAUGCAUAAAAACUACACAGACAUAUUUAAAAAUUAGGGCUGUCAAACGAUUAAUUGCAUACAAAAUAAAUGUUUGAGUUUGCCUAAUAUAUGUGUGUGUGCUGUGUGUAAUUAUUAUGUAUAUAUAAAUAUACACAAAUAAAUGUAUAUUUUUAAGAGAAAUAUGUUAUUUAUGCUUAUGUACAAUUUUUUUAUUCAUAUAUAAUAAAAACAAUUAUAUACAAAUUAUAAUACGUAUACUUGUAAAUAUUUCUUCAAUAUAUACAUGAAUUUGUUUGUAUUUAUAUAUACAUAAUAAUUACACACAGUACACGCACAUAUAUUUGGCAAACUUAAAACUAUUUUGUAUGCGAUUAAUCGCGAUUAAUCAUUUGGCAGCCCUAUU